AUAUGGGGGCCUUCUGGGCCCCUGCCCACCUUAAAACUGAUUAAGGUGGGAGGGUGAGGUGGGAGGCCACAGGGAUACACCUGCUGCUUGACCUUGAUGGGACCUUGACCCCUUGCUUUCCCCAUAUGCUGUUGGGCAUGACUGCCCACAGGCCUGGUGGGCAUUUGUGAAGGGCUGGAGUCGGGGGUAGGGGGAGCUUAUGGCUGCUGGGCACAGGCGUGGCAGGGCUGUGUGCCUGGCUUCCCUUUCCCCUAACCCCAUCAGGCCCGGGCUGGCCGCCCACUUCUGUUCACCACAGAGCAGGGUUUCCCUGGGGACCAGUGGACUGGCCCAGCCCCACACCUCCCCCCCAGCCCCUCCUGGCCACAGCUUGAGCUGGGAGGAGGGUGGAGGCUGGGCCGCCUCCUGGACCCCUGCCCUCCCUGCCUGGCCUUCCAAGGCCCGGCAGCCUCAGUCCACUGCUGGGCCUGGAACACGCAGCAGUGGCUGCCCUGCGAGGAGGUCCUGGAGCAGCUCCAGCAGAAUGGUGGCUCCAGCGUCGAUAAGGCCUGCAGGGGGUCCAGCCCCAUGGGGGGCGCCCUAGGCCUCCGACAGCUCCCCAUCUGUGCUCCUGCCUGCCGGCCAUCCUCAGGCCACUCGCCAUGGGUGGCUGCUUCUCCAAACCAAAACCAGGUGAUACCUAAAGGCUUUCCAUCCUCACCAUGGCUGCUAGGAGGCUCAGAGCUAACUGGUAAAACACUGCUGCCCAACUCCAUCUAUUGAGCUUCUACUAUGGGUUACAUACAUUAUUUCCUUCAGCAUUCACUGUCACCAAUGAGUGGAGCUCAAGAUUGAGGUGGUGCUGCCUGAGAAGGAGCGAGGCAAGGAGGAGCUGUCGGCCAGUGGGAAGGGCAGCCCCCGGGCCUACCAGGGCAACGGCACGGCCCGCCACUUCCACACAGAGGAGCGCCUGUCCACCCCUCACCCCUACCCCAGCCCUCAGGAUUGCGUGGAGGCUGCUGUCUGCCACGUCAAGGACCUUGAGAAUGGCCAGAUGCGGGAAGUGGAGCUGGGCUGGGGGAAGGUGUUGCUGGUGAAGGACAAUGGGGAGUUCCACGCCCUGGGCCAUAAGUGUCCGCACUACGGCGCACCCCUGGUGAAAGGCGUUCUGUCCCGUGGUCGGGUGCGCUGCCCCUGGCACGGCGCCUGCUUCAACAUCAGCACUGGGGACCUGGAGGACUUCCCUGGCCUGGACAGUCUGCACAAGUUCCAGGUGAAGAUUGAGAAGGAGAAGGUGUACGUCCGGGCCAGCAAGCAGGCCCUACAGCUGCAGCGAAGGACCAAGGUGAUGGCCAAGUGUAUCUCUCCAAGUGCUGGGUACAGCAGUAGCACCAAUGUGCUCAUUGUGGGUGCAGGUGCAGCUGGCCUGGUGUGUGCAGAGACACUGCGGCAGGAGGGCUUCUCCGAUCGGAUCGUCCUGUGCACGCUAGACCGGCACCUUCCCUAUGACCGUCCCAAGCUCAGCAAGUCCCUGGACACACAGCCUGAGCAGCUGGCCCUGAGGCCCAAGGAGUUUUUCCGAGCCUAUGGCAUCGAGGUGCUCACCGAGGCUCAGGUGGUCACAGUGGACGUGAGAAAUAAGAAGGUCGUGUUCAAGGAUGGCUUCAAGCUGGAGUACAGCAAGCUGCUGCUGGCGCCAGGGAGCAGCCCCAAGACUCUGAGCUGCAAAGGCAAAGAAGUGGAGAACGUGUUCACCAUCCGGACGCCAGAGGAUGCCAAUCGCGUGGUGAGGCUGGCCCGAGGCCGCAAUGUGGUCGUCGUGGGAGCCGGCUUCCUGGGGAUGGAGGUGGCCGCUUACCUGACGGAGAAGGCCCACUCUGUGUCUGUGGUGGAGCUGGAGGAGACACCCUUCAGGAGGUUCCUGGGGGAGCGCGUGGGUCGUGCCCUCAUGAAGAUGUUUGAGAACAACCGGGUGAAGUUCUACAUGCAGACGGAGGUGUCGGAGCUGCGGGGCCAGGAGGGAAAGCUGAAGGAGGUUGUCCUGAAGAGCAGCAAGGUCGUGCGGGCUGACGUCUGCGUGGUGGGCAUUGGUGCAGUGCCCGCCACAGGCUUCCUGAGGCAAAGCGGCAUCGGUCUGGAUUCCCGAGGCUUCAUCCCUGUCAACAAGAUGAUGCAGACCAAUGUCCCAGGCGUGUUUGCAGCUGGCGACGCCGUCACCUUCCCCCUUGCCUGGAGGAACAACCGGAAAGUGAACAUUCCACAUUGGCAGAUGGCUCAUGCUCAGGGGCGCGUGGCAGCCCAGAACAUGUUGGCGCAGGAGGCGGAGAUGAGCACUGUGCCCUACCUCUGGACCGCCAUGUUUGGCAAGAGCCUGCGCUACGCGGGCUACGGAGAAGGCUUCGACGACGUCAUCAUCCAGGGGGAUCUGGAGGAGCUGAAGUUUGUGGCUUUUUACACUAAAGGCGACGAGGUGAUCGCCGUGGCCAGCAUGAACUACGAUCCCAUUGUGUCCAAGGUCGCUGAGGUGCUGGCCUCAGGCCGUGCCAUCCGGAAGCGGGAGGUGGAGCUGUUUGUGCUGCACAGCAAGACUGGCGACAUGUCUUGGCUUACGGGUAAAGGAUCCUGAGCUCACAUGCAGUAGACUUGGGCAGGCAAAGGGGGGCACCAGGGGCAGAGGCCAAGCCUUGGGGGCAGGUGCCAAUCUCCAGUCCCAGGAUCCCCCAGGGUAGAACCUGAGCCCUCCCAGUGCUUGCCUUCAGCCACCUGGCUCCCCUCCUGGGAGGCCUCUGCUGGAUCCAGAAGAUGCUCAACCCUCAAGGUCUCUGCUGCCACUGACAGCUGGCAC